CUUACUUAUCUCAUUAAUUAUCUCUCCAACCUUUCUAUUUUCCUUUUCUUUUUAUUUUAUUUUAUUUUAUUAGUUCUCAACCAAACUUAAUCAAACCCAUCAUCUUUCUCUCUCUACAUUUCAUUUUCUCUCUCCAUUUUUUGACGAGGUUAUUAAUAAAAUAUCGCCUGAAGGGAUUUGAAGAGGAUGGCUAACACCGCAGCAGCCAUUGCCGAGAGGGCAACCAGUGACAUGUUAAUUGGUCCAGAUUGGGCAGUAAACUUGGAGCUCUGUGACAUUAUAAACAUGGAUUCAGGUCAAGCAAAAGAUGCACUAAAAAUUAUUAAGAAGCGUCUCGGAAAUAAGAGUUCCAAAGUUCAACUUCUUGCUCUAUCUGUAUUGGACACUCUUGGAAAAAACUGUGGGGAAAGGAUAUUUCAGCAGAUUGUUGAGCGCGACAUUUUGCAUGAUAUGGUCAAGAUUGUGAAGAAAAAGCCAGAUUUAAGUGUAAGGGAAAGAAUAUUAAUAUUGAUAGACACCUGGCAAGAGGCCUUGGGAGGACCAAGGGGGCGGUAUCCCCAGUUCCAUGCAGCAUAUAAUGAAUUGAAGUCGGCCGGGAUAACAUUUCCACCUCGAGAGGACAACAGUGUGCCAUUGUUUACUCCUCCACAAACUCAGCCCCUUUCCAAUCCGGCUCUAGUAUAUGAUGAUGAAACAAUUCCUGCUUCUCUAGAGUCUGACCCUUCUGGUUUGAGCUUGGAAGAAAUUCAAACCGCUAAAGGGCUAGCUGAUGUUUUGAUGGAAAUGCUUGGAGCUCUGGAUCCCAAUAACAGUGAGGGGGUAAAAGAAGAAGUAAUUGUGGAGCUUGUUGAACAGUGCAGUAAUUACAAAAAGCGUGUUAUGACUCUUGUGAAUAACGCCACGGAUGAGGAACUUCUCUGUCAGGGUUUGGCAUUGAAUGAUGACUUGCAGCGUGUGCUUGGACGUCAUGAUGACAUUGCUAAAGGAGUCUCAAAUGCUAGUUCGGAACCGACUAGAGCUCCAGCAGCACCAUAUGUGAAUGCACACCAUGACCACGAUGAAGAGGAAUCAGAGGAUGAAUUUGCACAGUUGGCACACAGGUCAAGGGAUAUGCAGCGACAAGGACGGAAUCUGGCUACUUCCAAGGCUGAACCGGCACAAGUGAAUCCUCUUCUUCCUCCCCCUCCUUCAUCGAAGAGGCCAGUUAGUAGUGAUGCUGGGUCAGUUGAUUACCUGAGUGGUGAUUUAUACAACUCUGAAAGAUCCUCCAGUUAUCCUAGCAGUGAUUCAUACAAUGGUGAAAGAUCAUCUGGAGCAGAGGAACCAGUGCCUUUUUCUGUUAGAAGUCCUACCAAGUAUGUAAAUCCCACUGCAUCGCUUGGUCCAUUAUCACCAUCACCCCCUCAUCAGUCCAUUGCCAGCAAUUCCUCACCCUUGUUUGAUAAGAGCCCUUUAUACGAUGAACAUACUGGCUUGAACAAAUCUGACAAUCUCCCUCUAGCUCCUUGGGACUCUCCUCCUCCUCCUCCUCCUCCUGGACCCUUGCCUCCACCCCCCAUCAAAUAUAAUCAGAGGCAACAGUUCUUUGAGAAACAGCCUUUUCCCGGUGGGGCAUCACAUUCCUGUAGUGGAUCCAGUUCCUCUUAUGAUGGUAUGGUGGGACAGACACAAAAUCUUUCUCUUAAGUCGCCAAGCCCUCCUAAGCAAGAAAAGCCAGAGGAUGCCUUAUUCAAGGACCUGGUUGAUUUUGCAAAAUCUAAAUCUUCGGCUUCAAAAUCCAACAAUAGGCCGCUUUAAUGGUUUAUGUAGAGGCAUAAGUUACUGCAGUACAGAUUUGGAGUAUUAGAUUCCUAGGUUAUUGUCACAUUUGUGUAUGCAUACCGUUGCAUUUAUGGUGUCAUUGGUUCUCGAAUCAUAUCACUGUAUGACUGUACCCUUUUUUUGGUUUUCAGCUCAUCGUUUUUGUUGAGCUUCUCAUUUGGAGCAUCUGUAGUCUUGACUUGUUAGUGCUUUGUAUGCUAGAACUGAUUGCGGUGUAUAGUACAAUUUGGUGAUUUCAAAGUGGUAUUGAAUACUGAGAUUGUUCUUGUGUGCCGAGAUUGAACCUGUUAGUCGUCAAAAAAAACUUGUGAUUCUU